AUGGUUUCGAGAUUAAGAGCUGAUUCUGAGGAUUUAAUUAGUGAAAACAAGUCACUAAAGAUAGAAAACGAAGAAUUUAAACCUUUAUUUGACGAUCAAGAACCUAAAUUAGGGGAUAAAGAUGUUAAAAGUGAUGAGGAUUUAAACAAGAUUAAAGAGGAGUUGAAACUUCUAAAGAAUUUGCGUAGUAAAUACACUAUUCAAUAUUACGGAGAAUAUCAUAAAAAAGAAACCAAUGAUUUCUUUAUCAUUAUGGAAUAUGCUGAAAAUGGUUCUUUAGAGAACUUUGUUAGAAAAUCUCCAUACUUAAACUUAGAUUCCAGUAUUAGAAUGGUUAGAGAGAUAGUAACACUCUAUUGGAUGGCUCCAGAACUCUUAGUUAAAGAUAACAACAAUUUUAAUCCAUUUCAAUCUGAUAUCUAUUCUCUAGGAAUGGUUAUUUAUGAACUAUUGGUUAGAUUAGAACCAUUCGAUGAUUAUGACUAUUCAGAGGAAAGAUUAAUUGAAGAAAUAGUGGAAAAUAAUGCAC